GAAGUUGACUUGAACAUGAAGUUCUGGCUCGCUUGAACAUUGAAGACGCGGUCAAUUUUUGUUCCGCUAAUUCGCUCUCAGGCUACGCCCAUGUUUUUGCUCGCGAGGAAUGACUCAGGAAAUAUAAAUAUAGGCAUUGUCCUGUCUAAUCUUCCAACCUGACGAUAACUCCCCUUGAGAGUACAAUGAGUGUCCAGCAAUUCCGUGCCACCAAACUCGAAGACUGGGCUCAGUCCGAUGAAUACCACAACUCUUUUCUAAUCCGCAAAGAUGAGGCCCUGGACAGCGCUCUUCAGACUAGCUCGGAGAACGGUUUACCGGAUAUCGCCGUAACAUCCGCUCAGGGAAAGUUCUUGAAGCUCCUUGUUCAGUCACUCAGAGCCAGGAAAAUCCUGGAAGUGGGGACCCUCGGAGGAUACUCCACAAUAUGGCUUGCUCAAGGACUUUCAGAUGACGGGGAACUCAUUACUCUGGAGGUGUCUGAGAAGCACGCACAGGUAGCGCGUGGUAACAUUGAGAAUGCCGGUCUUGCUUCCAAAGUGAAAUUAAUCGUUGGGAAUGCCCCUGAAACGAUAAAGGAGCUGGGGCCUGCAGAGUCUUUUGACCUGGCAUUCAUAGACGCCGAUAAGCAAAAUAACUUCACCUAUUUUCAGGAAUCUAAACGCCUCGUUAAGAAGGGCGGUGUCAUCAUAGUUGAUAAUGUUGUGCGUUAUGGUCGGGUCGCGGACCCAACAUACUUAGAUGAUCGAGUAGAAGGAGUUCGAACGCUACUGAAGGGUAUUAAAGAUGAUACAGAAGUAGAUGCAACCACUAUUGGAACAGUCGGGGAGAAGGGAUACGAUGGCUUCUUAUAUGCUAUAAAACUUUGAAUCUGCAUUCAGACAUAGCUGGGACAUCGGUAUUGUACAUGUAUUUGGAUCGGGUAUCUAUAAAUUAUGAAUAUGGUUAUACUGCUGUAAAAAUACAUAUGUUGGAUUACUGCUUGCCAAUCUUUCCAUCUCUGGUUCGUGAAAAUCGUAUACGCAGCAUCAGCCAGUGAAGCGUGUAGUGGAAAUGGUUAUGUGACAUAAAUGAGGGUACGUCGUUGUGAAUUGAUGAUGCAUAGCGUCACGAAAGCUCCAAAGAGCAGUCCAGUAAUUAUGCAAGUUGCUGUUUCAGUUAUGGAUUGUGGCCUUGGUAUUGGUUCGCUCCAUCCUUGUUUGGAUUCACCAGUUGGCUUUAAGGGGAUUUCGGGCGAUGCGUCCUUACUGGAGGAGUCGGCGGGAGUGGAUGAAGGUGGCAGUGCAGGAGUCACACCGUCGAAAGGAGGUUUCGUCGUUUCAUCAGGGGUAACAAUAGUCGAUGUCGUUGACUCCUUGUCAUCCAACGUCGAAUCCCCCUGAGCAGCUUCAUAGUCCUGCACUAACCGUUCAAGGUCUGACACCACCCCUUGUAAUCUCCUCACCUCCGUCGCGACUUCCCCCUUGUUCUUCUCUCGAACCUCUUCUCCGACUGCUUCCACCAACGAUCGUAUCACUUCCCACAUCUCCAAAUGAUCGCGCGACCACCACUGCGCUGGCCAUUGUGCUAUGAUGAAAGAAAGGCUACAGACUUUUGAAGUAGCGCUGAUAAAGUCAUCCGAAAGAAGUUGAUGAAACCAUGGCCUUAGAAAGGCCAUAGCGAGUCGGACGGAACCCCCUGUCGCAUCGCGUAGUCGAUGUUCAUUGGAUAAACGAAGGAAUUGAUCUGAUGCAUCUUGGCAGAACUGGCGAUAGCUUGGCUUUUUCUCAGCGGCGUCCCAAGAUAUUCUAUCGAGGGAGGAGCCUUUCAAACCUGGUUCCGGGCAUCGGAAGUAUGAUGGUAACUUGUCGAGAAGGGAAAGGAGAGGGACGGAAGCAAGAACGGCUGUUCCUGGGAUAGAUCCGUAGACGAGAACGUCUUGUGAUUCUAAAGCGAAUCUGUACCAUUUCCAGUAAUCAAGAUGUCGUUCUUUUGGUGUACCUUUUCGAAGAAGCUCUACUGCCGUGACUGCUCGACCAGCGAGCUGCCUGGCAUCGAUGACUGCAAUCUGAACAUCGUGUUUCACGCUGACCUUAUACCGUCGAGUGGCCUCCCAUAUAGCCCAGAUGAAGCUGAAGGAAGUGGAGAUGUAUGGGGAUGAAUGCCUUCUCGUCCAGUCCAUAUGCUGGGCAACGUCAUCAUAGGUGCUUGACGAUGC